GGAGAGACACUCUCGUUUCACACCUCUCUUUUUUUUAUCACCAUUCCUUUAUUUGAUAUUCCGAUCACUAUUUCAAUCUCUUUUGAUCGAGAUCGUCGUCUAUCCUUCCAACUCUCAUCGACAGGCAUACUAAACGAAAUGGCAAACAGCAUCAUCCCCCUCAUAAUCCUCCUCCUCGUCGUCGCCCUCUUCAGCGCAAUCGGCUUCGCAGUCUACACCAUCGCGCAGGACGUCAGCAGCAAUACGCGCGCGAAAAUGGAGAAACGGAAUAUCAGUUUUUCGAAGGAGGGGAUGAAGGUUUCGGUGAAGGAGAAGAGGGAUGAGGAGUAUAAGGAUCAGACGCAGAGUGUACUGGUCAAAGUGUGGAAUAAUACUUCGUUUCCGGCGUAUAAGUCGCGGUUAUGGGAUAAUGGGGCCUCGGGGAAAGAGGAUGAUGUGAAGCGGCGAUAACUCUUUUUUCUUCACGGUGUCGAUAUGAGGAUCCGGUAUUUGUUUACAUGCACCUAUAUGUAUGACUCGAUAUGAAUGAUCGAUGCUCACUAUUUCCGACUACUUAUACCACCAUCACGAUCAGGUGGUCUUUCUUCAUUUGGACCAAUCUUGAAGACUUCUCUUGUACAUUUUCAUAUUAAAAGGGUAUCUUUCUAGGAAAGAUAUCUCAGUUACUUUCUGAAAUUUGUCCAUUGCAUGGACCUUUCUAACUUGUCUAUUAUCCAAAUUUUAACAAGGUUCAGCCCUAGAGCGCGCG